CGGAUCCAGGCUCUUCCAGAAUACUCGCUCCCCCAUGACGAAUGUGCACUCGGACGCUAUUUAGGAGACGCAGGGCGGUUCCGUGGAGGCAGGCAGGCGAGAGGACGCAUUUCCCUAUAUUUAGUGGAGCGAGGCUGAGGUAAUCCGGAUAAAAUUAGGGUUGUGUGUGUCGUCGGUGGAAUUAAAGGCAGCGCCGUCCCAGUGCGGGGACUGGUGAUGACAGCGGCUAUUUCUGACGGCGACUCUCGCUGGCGGCUAUAAAAAGGCCAAGAUGCGUUUCCACAGCACCGUAUUAACUCGCUAUCCUGAGCCUGCCUUCAAGGUCUCUAUCCAAGCGGCGGAGAAAGCGCCAGCUGACAGCCCGAGCGCCGCGGUGAAGAGCGAGGCCUCCUGCCCCCCUACCAACAUGCCCGCAUUCUCGACCUGCGACUUGCUACCCCAGGCCCCGGCCUCGGCGCCGGGCCCGGCUGUGCACCUCUACACCUCGACCGCCAGGAUCCCUGUGCGGCCGCUGGAGAGGUGCGUGCCCGUCCAGGUGUUGAGCGAGAGGCCCCACGGCGCCUCCGAGCGCACAGGCCGAGGCAUCGAAGAGACGCCAGCACCAGUUUGGGGCCACGGCCAGGAGAGAGUCUCCGGGGAGGUGGAAGAAGAGGCGGCGCGGGUGGGCAGCGGGCCUGCAUUGAUAGGCAGCCGAGCUGAGGGCCUUGAACAAGGGGGGCAGAGCCGCGACCCGGCUUCGCAGGCGGCGGAACUCGGGUUUGGCGCCGGCUACAGAACGGUGGACCUGGUGGUGGAGAACCGAUCGGAGAAAAACGCCAGGAUUGCGCGUUACUUGGCCGAGGUGGAAAAGCAAAACAGUUACUUGAGGGAGAAGCAAAAGUACAGGUUUCACAGCAUCCCCGACGGCAAUUGCCUGUACAGGGCGGUCAGUAAGGCCGUCUAUGGCGACCAGACCAUGCACAAGGAGCUGAGGGAACAAACUGUGUACCACAUCGCGGAUCACCUGGACGAGUUCAACCCUAUCAUUGAAGGUGAUGUUGGGGAGUUCCUGAUUAGUGCCGCUCAGGACGGGGCUUGGGCUGGGUAUCCGGAGCUACUGGCUAUGAGUCAGAUGCUGAAGGUUAACAUCUACCUAACCACUGGAGGUAGCAUGGAAAGCCCGACCGUGUCUACUAUGGUGCAUUGCCUUGGUCCCGAAGACCAGUCCAAACCCAGCAUUUGGCUGAGCUGGCUGAGCAAUGGACACUACGACGCCGUUUUUGAUCAGUCUCUACCCAACCCAGAGUACGAAACGUGGUGCGCACAGACACACGUUCAGAGAAAAAGAGACGAAGAACUGGCUAAAGCCAUGGCAGCUUCUCUUUCUAAAAUGUACAUCGAGCAAAACGGUUGCUUUUAAGUUAUUCCACACGACAUUGUUUGUCAGGACUUGAGGUUCCUUGAUAAACUGGUGAAACCGAAAUGAGUAAGACUGGUAGCCUGAAGUAGAAUUGUACAUAUUGUUGAUAGUUUUGAUUUAUACUUUUAUUUUAAAUUCUUACACAUUCUGAUCAGGCUAAUGGCACUUUAAAUGGAUCUUAAAAUCGACUAUAUAAAUAACGCCUUAAUUCAAUGUCUGAAUUUAUGGAUGUUUAACCAAAUGCUCACGCUUAGACUGAAGGUUUCGGGACACCCGAGUUUUAAUCGGGUUUAUUGGAGUUAAGAGACCACAGAAUUGAAUGGGAAAGAACUGUCUCAUUGAUAUUUUUGUAAUAUUUUACAUUUCUGAUGUUUGGAAAAUAACUUGUUUAGUCUCUGCUUUGGAGAGUUAUUCAUUUUGGAGAACACUUUUUAGAAAGAUUGUUUAAGUUGCAUUUUAUGCAAUCAUGUUUGUUGGUGUAUUACCUCUUAAGUUCAUGUAUUCUGGCAGGUGGCUGGUUGCCCCUAAAUUGCUGCCUUGAUUUUAUAAUUUGAUAAGAGGUUUCAGAUCUUCAAAAGCUUAGUUACAGUUGUUAAUUUUGUUAUCUUCUGUUACCUACCACCUCACUUCUGAUUUUUUUUUUAUAUGUUGUCCAAGAUGCAUUUAAGUUCUAACUUCCUAAAAUGGUUUGCAGGGUCAAACCUGUAACCGGUUUGCAACUGUUGUAUUUGUAUUGAUUAUACAGUAAUUAAUCAACAUGGAAUGAAUAAAAGUCGUAAUGUU